AUGACUCUGGAGUCCAUGAUGGCUUGCUGCCUGAGCGAAGAGGCGAAGGAGUCGAAACGAAUCAAUGCAGAAAUUGACAAACAACUCCGCCGAGACAAGCGAGACUCCAGGAGAGAGCUGAAAUUACUACUUCUCGGAACGGGAGAAAGUGGCAAGAGCACCUUCAUCAAGCAGAUGAGGAUCAUUCAUGGAGCCGGGUACUCAGACGAAGAUAAGCGAGGCUUCAUCCGGCUUGUUUACCAAAACAUCUUCACCUCCAUGCAGUCCAUGAUCCGCGCCACUGAGACCCUUAAGAUCCCCUACAAAUUUGAACAGAAUCGGUCUAAUGCCAUGCUCGUGAAGGAGGUGGACAUUGAGAAGAUCAAUGGGUUUGACUAUCCCUACAUUGCAGCUAUCAAAUGUCUGUGGUCCGACCCAGGGAUCCAGGAGGCCUAUGACCGCCGCCGAGAGUACCAGCUCUCUGACUCCACUAAAUAUUAUCUUUCCGAUCUGGAUCGUAUUGCAGAUUCCAGCUAUCUUCCCACUCAACAGGAUGUGCUCAGGGUGCGCAUCCCCACUACAGGAAUCAUAGAGUACCCAUUCGACUUGCAAAGCAUCAUUUUCAGGAUGGUGGAUGUAGGGGGUCAGAGGUCAGAGAGGAGGAAGUGGAUUCACUGCUUUGAGAAUGUCACUUCAAUUAUGUUUCUGGUGGCGCUGAGUGAGUACGACCAAGUCCUGGUGGAGUCCGACAACGAGAACCGUAUGGAGGAGAGUAAAGCUCUGUUCAGGACUAUCAUUACCUACCCCUGGUUUCAAAACUCCUCUGUCAUCCUCUUCCUCAACAAGAAGGACCUGCUCGAGGAGAAAAUCUCCUACUCACACUUGGUGGACUAUUUCCCAGAGUUUGAUGGCCCCCAGAGAGAUGCACAGGCAGCGCGAGAGUUCAUUCUCAAGAUGUUUGUGGACUUAAACCCAGACAGCGACAAGAUCAUCUACUCUCACUUCACUUGUGCCACGGACACUGAGAACAUCCGCUUUGUGUUUGCAGCUGUCAAAGACACCAUCCUACAGCUCAAUCUCAAAGAGUACAAUCUGGUGUGAGGGCCCAUGUACGACGCACAUCCCCCCCCUCCCCCCAUUGCACAAAUGCACACCUCUUUGGGAUUGUGCACUCAAGUUCACAUGAAUUACACAGCACACCAUGCCGGCGCACACAUCUCACACACACACACACACACACACGCACACACGCGCACACAUCACACGCACACAUCACACGCACACACACCCUGACAGAACCCUUUUUUUCCCCUCCAGUACAGGACAUUCACAAGUCCUUCCACCUGCAAACCCCGUCCCUCCUCUUUCACCAAAGCUCGCCCUUUUUCUCUGUCGCUCGGCAGCUUAUUGUGUCAGAGUCCCUGCUCCUCCCCACGCUGCUCCGUGGUUUAGAUUUGGCCCUGACUGCUGGCUCUGGCACAUUGUAUCUGGCACACAAACCUUUCACACGGACUGUACAGUGACUGAAGAGGACUUUGGUGUUUGUGUGUGUGUGUGUGUGUGUGUGUGUGUGUGUGUGUGUGUGUGUGUGUGUGUGUAUUUGGGGCAGCAUUGACUAGCGAGGAGCUGUGUUUUGGUGAAUCGCGGCAUCAAACCUCUUUGGCCCUCCCGGAGUAACCCUCAGCAGUGUGAGAUCAGAUCCUUUCUGAGCUCCUAUCUGUGUGGAAGGAGGUAAAUACUGUAUCUCCUGAAACCACCUAAGAAAGCAGCGAGCGGCAUCAUGUUUUUGGGGACAGAGUGACUCGGUCAGGAAGUGAGGUCGCACGCUGGAAACAAGGGGACCGGCUGAGGAUUCUGUCUCCAUCUCGCAUCUAUGAAUGUACCCACCAGUGUGAGCAUCGCAAUCGCAAAAAAUUAAAUAAAAAAAAAAAAUAGAAUUAUAUAUUACGAAGUAAAUGCAUAUGUAAACAAACUUAGGACAAACAGCACGAGAGGGCAAGACAUAGCUAAUCAAAAUCUGUUCAUUGCUGAGAUUUUUAAAAUGUUUUUAAUGAUAGAAAUUUGUUGCUGCGUCUACUUCUAUUUAACAAAUAAUGGCUAAAAGGAAUGGUGAUAAGAAGUGGUGAGAAAAUGUAUAAAAACUUUGCAAAACAAAGGCAUCUAAAGAAAAGAAGCAACCAGAAAUUAACUUGACAUAAGUAUCCUUUAAAGAUUUCUGUGGGAUUUUUUUUUUUUGUUGUUUUAAGUUAAUCACAUCGCUUCCCUCCUCCAGAUGUGUUCUGUAUGGAUUCACAGGGACAAUCUUCCAUGUGACGUUCACAGCAUCUGGCUCCACUGAUACACCCCCACACCCUUAUUACAAAAUGCUAGUAGCGGGUGAGAGGACGCUGCGUGCGAUGCAGGCUCCUCCUUGAUUGGUGGAAGCAGAUGUGGAGGGGAGCGUGAUGUCAUCAGUGUUUAUCAGCCCACAGAGCACAUCUGCAGCUCGGGCUGCAAAGUAGCUUAUUUAGCGAAAUAAAAGCUGUAAAUUAAACACGCCCACACCCCGGGGUGUAAAUGGAAUCCAUGCGGUAACAUCUCUGAUGGCGUCACACCUGCGUCACUCAGCCGUCCAAUCAGACACCCUUCCUGAUGGUGACACAUCGGGAUGUGCUUUUGUUUACUUUUUUUUUUUUUUUUUUUUACUGUAUAGUCACUUUGUUUAUAUAAAGAUUGCUUGCUGUUGAGUGGUGAGAGGAAGGGGUGGGGGGGCUAUGAACCUUUCACAGAAGACGCACUCUAAAGUCUUGCAAAUGUUGUUUGUGUAUAUUCGUUUGUAAAUACAUAUACACAAAACACUCCUGUACAAAAACGCUCUGUGGUACACCAUCUUUGGCCAAAAAAAAAAAAAAAAUGCAAAAAAAGUAUCCACUUCUUUCAUUAGCAUACAGUUUUUUUUCCUAUGAAUUUAUGGUAGUAGUUAUGCUGUGAUUAUGGAUUUUGUUAACUUGAUUAAUAGGACUACACAGAGCUGAGUGGUGUUGAGGAAAUGAUCGGCAAGGAGCAAUAGUCAGAGAAAAGAGGGUCUUCCCAACCAGCCUCAUGACUCCGAACUACUGCUACAGCUCUGGCUCCAGAGUAUACUAACUAGGGCUGGUAUAAAAUCUUCACAGUGUGGUGACGAGAUGAUUUUAAGAGUAAUUAAAGAUGAUUUUUUUUUUUUUUUUUUAUUUAUCUAAUUUAUGGACCAGGUUUGAAGGUGUUGAUAAUUUGACUGCUUUUGAUUCUGUCAUGUUGAAGUGCUCCUUUUCUCAUGGCGGAGCCUACUUGAGUCUGAACUGCUGUUAAAAAAAAACAAGAAAAAAAGAAAAAAAAAAACCGAAUGUCUGGUAUAGUAAGGACUUUAUCUCUGCUUUCUAUUUCUUAUUGAGACAUUUCCAGUUGUACUUCUCCAUCACAUCUCCAUCCAUGAUAAUAGUGUUUUUUAGGAGCCCUCACAUUUGUUUGAUUUUAAAAAGAAAAAAAGAAACUUGUAUUUUCUCUCGAUUUAUAGACGCAACGCUGUAAUGCAUACCUAGAAAAAAUGUACAGUACGAACGUAGGUGGACUUUUUUUAUCAGUGAUUGAAGACCCAUGCGGUCCAUGCUUGCUAUUUGUAAUUUUAACACAACACGUUGUCGGUUUUUGCAUUGUUAAUUUCCAGUUUUUUGAGGCUUGCUUUGAUAGUGCCAGUGAAGUGCAGAAAUACUUUUUUGGUCUUUGACCUUUUCUACAGGUGACUUAUCCUUCAUCCUCAUUAAGGGCUAUCACAGUGCAUCAGUGUGGACAGUGUGGAGUGGAGUACAGGACCACAGUGUACCAAGUCAUCCACUACUAAUCCUUGUUUAUGAAUGGAGAUUACUUAGUAUAGGCAGGCUGUUAAUGCAAACAUACGGUGUAUGUGUAGAGAGUUUACCAACACUAAUCAGUUUUCUUUAUGUAUCUGGCCCUUUGGUGAAUUAAGUGGACCCAGUAUCUGGCUCUCCAACUUUUUACUACUACUUAUUUGUUUGCAUCGGUAUCACAGUGUUAUCUGUAAUAUCUCAUGCAGUAUAGAAACACUUAUCCCUAAAGACACUACUACCAGGACAAGUAUUGCAUGUUUCCCCCAAGUAUUUGACUUAAUGACCAUGCUUGUGGCUUGGCAUGUUUUAACCCAUUAACUACAAAUCGCAUACUUUAUUGAUGACCAUUUCUCCAGUUUCUAAAUUGAUUUACUACGUUGCUAUUGGCUUCCGUUCGUGCAAGUAAGGUUUGAUAAUUAACUUUAAACUUGAUAUUGAGAGAGAAUCCAUACCACGUUUGACAUUUAGUCACUUUUUUUUUUUUUUGUCAAAAUGCAUUAAUGUGCGAUAGUGCGUUAACACUCUUGUUGCAAUCAAAGAAGCUCUGAUCAACUAAGUAGGAAUGCACCAAUCAAAAUGUUAUUUUUCUGAUACGGAGUACUGAUUCAAUACUAGUGCUUUUUUUUUUUUUUUUUCAAAAUUUGAAAUUGUUAUUGGAAAUAUAUUAUUUUUAAGGUAAAAAAACAAAAAACAGUCAGAAUAACAUUGUAAUACUAAAUUGUAUGACACUGACAAAUAAACUCGGUUAUGCCUGGCCAGUCUCAAUCGCUAAAUAAUGUUGCAUAUGGGCAACAAACGAUCCAGCAUAUCGGAUCAGCUGCUGAAAAGUUAGAGAAUCAAUUAAAAAACUUAAGGCAUGCUUAAAAAAUGGGAAGCAGUGAUGUAAAGUUUCAACACUAAGUUAAUGGGGCUAAAAUAUAUAUUUAUUUCAAAACGCCAGUGUGGUCCUUAAUUGCCAUUUUUGUCUGCUGAAAAUUACCCUAACCUUGAGCGUAAGAAAGCAGACAGCCAACCGUUCGACUGCUGUCAGUAUUUCAGUGGAACGAUAUACCAGUAUAUGGAUACCCAAGUAUUUUAUCAGUAGUUGUUUAAAAUUUACUGUGUGAUGAGUGCAGCUCACUUUAAUGGUGAUGAACCAUGUUGUAUUUUUAAACUUGACACUACAACUCUGGCACAUGGUGAAGGGCUGAUUGGCUGUUAGUGUGGGUUUGGUAGUGUUUUAGCAGCCCAGUGUUGCACAGUGUGCUUUUGACACAUUUUAUCUCAACCAUAUGCGAGCUGGAGAGAGGGAAGGCAAGUCUGUAUGAAACUUAAAUCUCCUUCUCAUUCUUUCAUUCUUGUCUGUUUUGAGCAAUGACCAGUGGAAAGACUGGAUUAGUUUUUCACUACAACACACUCUUAUUUAUUGCCUUUCAUUGCCUUGAAUAAUGAAAGAUGGUGUUGCCGGUCCUUCUACGGUGUCGGAGCAUGCUCUGUGACUCGGUGGGGGGACCGUGGUUGUGUGAUUUUUAUUUUUUUUUAUUUUUUUCUUUUCUGUGUGCGUUUCAGAAUAAGUGGAAUCAAACUUCUCUUUUUGGACAUCAGUAUGGAGUCAGUGCAUAUUCAAAAUGUAAAUCUUGUUCCCUUUUUUUGUGUGUUUUUCCAUUUCCUGUAUGAAAACAUUACCAGAACUCUAUUAUUUAGGACCACUUGAUUUAUUGUUCCUCACUCCAAUGAAACCUGAAGGUCAAUUGUGUAGUGGUGUAUAAAAUGCUGUUUUCUUUAUUUUGUAUGUAAACCAAAUGUAAAUGAUGUAAUAUACUGAGUGUGCCAACCCCACUCUCUCUAGAGCCAGGCUCUCUCUAAGUGCCAACGCUGUGGUCAUCAUCAAAGGACCCCACCACCUAGAUGGUCCCCCCUUUUAAAUAAAACACACCAGAGACUAAAAGGAUAGAUGAUUAAGUACACACAAAGACUUUAUUCUGUAUUUAAGAUUGAAGAUUCAAAAGAUAAUCUGCUGUUUGUUUUUUUUAAGAAACUGUAAUUAUAAUUGCAUGUGCUGUUUAUUUUGUUUGAAGUGAGGGCUUUGAUGUAUUCAUUGAAGCAGAGCCCUUGAUGAAGGGGAGUUCAAUCAGUUGGUUAUUAUCGAUUAUUGAUUUACAUAACUCUUGCCAUAUUUUUUUAUGUGUUUCAUGUGUUUGUUUCAACCACUGUUGCCUGAUCCUCAUUCAAACAUGAACAUGACUUACGAUCAUUGCCGCCUUCUAAGAGAGAAACAUAAUGACAAGGUAUCUGUUUUAAAUUGAAAUAAAUUUGUUCCUAUACUUGCU